AGUACCCUGGUGGACACCCUUCACUCCAUGGAUUUCUCCUCACUGAAGCCGUUCCCUCCCGGUCAGCCACACAAGUUUGGUCAGUUUAUGGAUCGUCUGUUCAACAUCAAUAACUAGCAACACAGCAUCAUGACCCUGUCUUUGAGGUAUCUUUGUGUGGUGGAGAGACGAAUCAUUUCCUCCAUUUAUACACAACACCAAACUGUCAGGAGAAACCACUGCAGCCAAGCAGUCAGAGAUAGUGAAUAUAAAUUGUUUGGUCACCAAAGAGUUGUGAACAGUGUUUGUCACUCUAAGGCUAUGGUGAGGAAUACAAAAAAUAUUUUGGAUCUUCUUCGAAAAUCAUUUACAACAGAUGUAAGGCUGCAUUGUAAAACAGGGAAAUCAGGAACCCCACAUAGUGGGGAAACCACAGGAACCACCCAGGGUGGGGAAAUCACAGGAACCACCCAGGGUGGAGCCACCCAGGGAGGGGAAAGUCAAACUGAGUCAAAUAGGGAGGUGGUCUCUACGGACGAUCAGGACAGAGAGGUGGGACGUCCUAAGCUCGAGUACAAAUGUAUCUAUUUCUUUCCUCCCAUUAACAUCAUAAGAAUCGUGCAGAGAUUUCAAUUGUUGGUGUAUUCCACUCUGUUUCCAACGGCGGUGGCUUAUCUCUGUACGGUUCCCGCGGCGUCGUACAUGAUGAUGGGUUUCGUGGUGACUAACGUGAUGUUGAUGCCGCUGGUUUUCUACAUGAUGCCGCGCAUGAUAGGAAGCAUGUUCGUGGGAGGGGUGGGUGAUGUUGUAGACACUCUCCAAGUGUCGCGGCUGUCUUUCUUUGGAAACAGGAAGGAUUCAUUUUAUAAGAUAGAGAAUGUGAAGCCUCUGUCAGAAGUUUCUCAUGUAAAUUUAGUGUACUCAAAGUUUGAACUUUAUAACAAGAAAGAAAAACUCUAUUUAUUUCAUUCUUACUCUCAAGUACUUGAUAAGGAACUGUAUGAAAUUAUAUUUGGUAGAAUGAAUGAAUAAAAUAGUUGGAUAAACCCAUCUUUUUCACA